GAGUGGCGCGGCAAAUGGCGGCGGCGCGUGGCGGAGAGUGACCGGUUGUGCGCGGAGCCCGCGAGCGGCGGCGUCAGUGUCAGUGUCGGUGUCGGUGUCGGUGUGAGGCGGCGGCGGCCCGUGUGUGGAGGAGGAGGAGGAGGCGGCGGUGGUGACCGGGGCGCCGAGACCCCGCCAGCGGCGCCAUGCAGCACGAUGAUGUGAUUUGGGAUAUUGUCGGAAACAAACAGUUUUGUUCCUACAAAGUAAAAACCAAAACUCAGAGCUUCUGCCGCAACGAGUAUAAUAUCACGGGUCUGUGCAAUCGUUCUUCCUGUCCACUGGCCAAUAGCCAGUAUGCAACUAUCAGGGAAGAGAAAGGUCAGUGUUUCUUGUACAUGAAGGUGAUAGAGCGAGCGGCCUUUCCAUCUCGAUUGUGGGAGCGGGUAAAGCUGAGUAAAAAUUACGAGAAAGCUCUGGAGCAGAUUGACGAGAACCUCAUCUACUGGCCCCGCUUCAUCAGACACAAGUGCAAGCAGCGAUUCACCAAGAUCACCCAGUACCUGAUCCGUAUCCGCAAACUGACCCUCAAGAGGCAGAGGAAGCUGGUGCCUUUAAGUCAGAAAGUUGAGCGUCGAGAGAAACGAAGGGAGGAGAAAGCUCUGAUUGCAGCUCAGCUCGACAAUGCCAUUGAGAAGGAACUACUGGAGCGACUGAAGCAGGGGACGUAUGAAGAUAUCUACAACUUUCCUGUUCAUGCCUUCGACAAAGCACUGGAGAAGCAGGGAGCAGAGAGCGAGUCUGAAUCCUCGGAAGACGAGGAAGACGUUGGUCAGGUGGAAUACGUGGAGGGAGACGAGAUUGAUGAGAGUGACCUGAGUGACUUUGAGGCCAUGGAUAAUCUGGAGAGUGAAGACGAGCAGGAAAUGGAGGUCGAAUCCUCCAAAUCGAAGGGCAAGACCCCGGUGAAAGGCCCGGUCCAAAGGAAGCGAGCCUUUGUAGAGAUUGAAUACGAGCAGGAGACAGAGUCAGCAGCCAAAGCCAGCAGCACGUGACGACCGCCUGUGAACCACAGGGUCUUGCUUACACUGAAAUGUGGACAGUAUCUUCAUUGCAGAUAUUUUAAAGUAUCUCGAAUGGUCAUCUCAGCAGGGCAGCGUUGUUGCUGCUUCAACAGGAGGGAAAGCAAGGACUUAACGCAUCCUUGCAACGCGAUACUCGGAUUCUGCCCUUUGUUUAAAAUUAUGAAUAAAGACGCAAGUGAACUACGUAGGUGUGGAAAGGUUUUCCAGUGACUCUAAUAUUGUGGUCAGAACAGCUUGCCUUAUCAUGCUACACUGUACCACUGACCAAAGCUUUGACAGGUGAGGUUGUAACGUGUUCUCUACAGUUAAAUUGAGAAAAAUGUAAGAAUUCCUACUAUUCUU